UUUCACGCAGGCUUGGCAGAGGCAUAUUAUUUUCAAAAUGAAGUCAUCGUGCCAUUUCUCAAUUACAAUGGGGCAAAGAGAUCCCACUGUUCGACUACAGCGCACAAACAACCAAUCAAUAGACAAGAUACUUCACUAAGAUUGAAACAAUUAAGAUCAGAAAUGACUAGGGUUGCUUCUAUCCAAGGACCACCUCUUAAUGGAUACAUCGUCACCUCCGAUGACGCACAUCAGAGCGAUUCCCUGGAUCCCCGUGAUAUGAGGAGAGAAUUCAUCACUGGAUUCUACGGCAGCGCAGGAGAGGCUGUCAUCACUUCGGACAAGGCCGUGUUUUGGACGGAUGGAAGGUAUUAUAUUCAAGCGGACCAUCAACUUGAUUGCAAUUGGAUUCUCAUGAAACGCGGUAGAGCAGAAGUCCCAUCUAUAACAGAAUGGUUAAUGCACGAGUUUCGCAGUCAAAGUUCCGUGCGUAUUGGCGCCGAUCCAACGCUUGUAUCUGCCAUCGAUUGGGAAACCUGGGAAGAUGAAUUAGCGAAUUCGUCCAUAAGAUUGGUUCCUGUCCGUAACAACCUGGUGGACUUGAUCUGGCAGGUCGAUCGACCGAAUUACAAUCCGCAUCCAGCGUAUCCGUUGCCGGACAAAUAUUCAGGGAAAGCUUGGCAAGACAAGGUCCAGUUGAUUCGUAUCGACAUGGUGUUAUAUAAGGCCGACGCAUUAGUUCUUACAGCUCUCGACGAAAUAGCCUGGCUGUUUAAUAUUCGCGGAUACGAUUUGCCAAACACACCUGUCCUCAGGGCGUAUGCGGUUGUUACUCAUGAAUCGAUACAUUUGUACACACCGCGACACAAGAUUUUAAGAUCAGUGGACGAACAUUUGAAGAUGGACCUUUGUUCCCAUGCAAAUUGCGUGAAAUGGCAUAAUUACACUUCUAUUUGGUACGACUUACGAACAAUGUCCCAAGCUUGGAAUUUAGUAUGGUUGCCGAUACGAUGUGCUUACAGUCCAGGUGCCUCCAUGGAAAUAUUUAACUCUAUCCCGCUGGAGAAACGAUUGCCAAAACCGUCACCGGUGUUAAGUUUACGAGCACAAAAGAACGAGAUCGAGGCGGAGGGGAUGAGGAGGUCCCACUUAAGAGACGCAGUGGCGAUGUGCGAUUUCUUAGCAUACAUGGAGGAACAAUAUACAUUGAAUUCGAAUGGGUGGGACGAGAUGCAAGUAGCUAGACUGGCGAACGAGUUUCGUUACGAACAGGACAAGAAUAAAGGUAUCUCGUUCCCUACGAUCGCUGGAUACGGACCUCAUGCCGCUAUUCCCCAUUACGAACCUAACAAUCUAACGAAUAUCAAAAUUGGACAAGCGUCCACCCUGGUUGUGGACUCAGGAGGACAAUAUUUAGAUGGCACUACAGAUGUCACAAGAACGCUGCAUUUUGGUACGCCAACGGAAGAACAAAAGAAAGCAUACACAAGAGUGUUAAUCGGAGCAAUACAACUGUCUUCUUUGAUCUUUCCAAGCAGUUUGAAAUCCAACCAGUUGGACAUCGUUGCAAGAGCACCAUUAUGGAACGUUGGUUACGACUACUUGCACGGGACUGGCCAUGGGAUCGGUCACUUUUUGUCUGUCCACGAAUCACCUAUUGGUGUAUCAUACGGACAGCCCGUAUCAUCGGAUAAAGUUUGUGGACCUGUUGAAUUAAGACCAGGAUUCUUUUUAUCAAACGAACCUGGUUACUACAAAGAAGGCGAUUUCGGCGUUCGCUUGGAAAACAUCCUUGAAACGAUGGAAGCAGGCAAAUCAAAAACAGAAAUUUUUUUGAAAUUCAGGGACGUCACGUUAGUUCCAUAUGAACCAAAGUUGAUUGACUACGAUAUGUUAAAUCCAUCACACAUAUGAUGGUUAAAUAAUUACAAUCGCCGAAUUAGGUAUGAAGUAGGUCCAGAAUUAAAGAAAAGACUAAAAAUGGAUGCUUUCAAUCGGAUGUUGAAGAAAACUGCAACAAUUCCAGAAGUAAGACCAGUCGACGAAGGAUUGCUUUUUGGCCGUUCUCAUUCGACACCUUCUACAUUCAAACAAUUCAAUGUAUUAGUUUACUUUACUUUCCUGUAUCACAUUCUAUUCAAUUUUUCAAAUGUAUGGAGUUAAUUAAGGUAUGUUCAAAAGGAGAAUGAGCAAAUAUAGUAUGAUUUAAAAUUAAUUUAUGUCAUGAGCAAGCAGUUUCGAAAACUGUGCUUAAAGUAGCGUUAUUUUAAUAUAUGUAUAUUAAAGUUACUAUUUUUAUACGUUACUGCCAAUUCUAAAUAUACAGAUGUUGCAAUUAUAACAUGAUAGUAUUAUUAUAAUAUGAUGGUAUUGCUAAAAAAUAAAAACCAUUAGAAAUAUUAGAAAAAAUUUUUGCACAUAGAAAAUCUGCUAUAUAAAUAAAUAUAUAAAAAUAUUUAUAGACUUAUAUUUUGUAAAUAUAUGUAAUUUAUUGUAUGUAUAAAGAACAGGGAUGUUAUCGUAAAUUGUAUUUUACUUACCGAUAAGCAAGCAAUUUUUUAGAAAUAAGCUCCAGUUAUUUUAGAGAAUAAAGAAAGUAAAGAAAAAACAA